AAGAAGAGAAAAGAGAAAGAAAAAUUUAGUGGAAAAAGAGAUGGAUGAGCAUGCAUAGAUAGAUUGAUAGAAAGAAGAAGGUUUGAUCAUAGAGUUUGUUGUUUGUUUAGCAUAUCUGAUAUCUUUCAUCAACUCAAGGAAAAGUGGAAAACAAAAAGAGAGAAAAAGAAAAUGAACAGUACUAAUAUUCCACCAGGCUUCCGUUUCUAUCCCACUGAGCAAGAAUUGGUGAACUUUUAUUUGCACAACAAGUUGGAAAACACCAGACUUCAAGACAUUGAAAGAGUUAUUCCUCCCAUUGAUGUUUAUGCUGUUGAUCCCUGGCAUCUCCCCCAGAUGUCUGGAGAAUCAAGUAUCACAGAUUCAGAGCAAUGGUUCUUUUUUUGCCCCAUGCAAGAAAGGGAAGCACACGGUGGAAGACCGGGACGAACAACUCCGUCCGGUUACUGGAAGGCUACCGGCUCACCGAGCGGAGUUUAUCAUAAUAAUCGAAUGAUCGGUGUUAAGAAGACGAUGGUGUUCUAUCAAGGCCGAGCUCCGCUCGGCAGUAAAACCAAAUGGAAAAUGAAUGAAUACAAAGUUGUCGAAGCUGAUACCGGAAUUAGGCCAAGUGCAACUCCAAUGCUGCGGAAUGAGUUUAGUUUGUGUCGGGUGUAUGUAACUUCGGGAAGUUUGAGGUCUUUUGAUCGGAGACCUGUUGGUAUAGAGAUUGAUAGCCGGAGAAUGACUGAGGCUUCGUCGUCGAUGAUGGUGCCAAUGGUGGCUGAAAGAGCAAGCUCACAAGAUAGCUCGUCGUCCGGUGAGCACCGGAAUAAUGAACAGUCCGGCGCUGGAGCAGCAAGCACAAGUACUAAUGUGCAGAUGAUUGAAGAGGCAGACUUAGAGUUGUUGGAUUGGCUUUGAAACCAUUGCCAUCAAAUUUUAAAUUUGUUUUUCAUUGAUUAAUUAUGUGUUGAUUUGUUAUUGUUUGGGAUGUUGAGUUGAGUAAAAGAUACCAUGAUUAAUUUGUUUAUUUAUGA